CUACACAUCAUCCCCUCUGGCUCCAAACUGCUGGAGGCUCCUCUCCCUGGUCUGGCCCUGCCGCAGGGACACACCCGGGGGGAGGAGCUGCCGUCUUAGUCUUAGUGGGGCCCAGCCUCGCCAGACAGCGAGCUCUUGUUUCCUCUCCUCCACCGGCUGGAACCGACAUGGCCCAGGAACGUGCCGCCUGCGCCCUGGAGCCCGAGCAGGUCCAGCAGCUGCUGCUCUCCUGCCAGGAGGCCAAGAAGUCAGCCUACUGCCCCUACAGUCACUUCCCUGUGGGGGCCGCCCUCCUCACCCUGGACGGGAGGAUCUUCUCGGGGUGCAACAUAGAAAACGCCUGCUACCCUCUGGGCAUCUGUGCUGAACGGACUGCCAUCCAAAAGGCCGUCUCAGAAGGGUACAAAGACUUCAAGGCAAUUGCUAUCGCCAGUGACCUGCAAGAUGACUUUAUCUCCCCGUGCGGGGCCUGCAGACAAGUCAUGAGAGAGUUUGGCACCAACUGGGAUGUCUACAUGACCAAGCUGGAUGGCACGUAUGUUGUCAAGACAGUCCAGGAGCUGCUGCCCGCCUCCUUUGGGCCCCAGGACCUGCAGAAGAUAUAGCGACAGUCAGAGAACAUCCACCUCCUGGGAGAGCCUGGGUUCCCACCUGUGCUUAAGGGGGCAGCCACCUGGAAAACUUCAUGAAGAUGUUCUCACGGACCUAGGGACAUCUGUCAAAUGGGCCCCAACCCUACAGGGGCUGGGCAGAGAUGGCUUUUCCGAAUUACACUCAAGAACCACGGUCUUCCACUGAAGUGAUAAAGGGUUUCUCUCCGGCCUGGGCCACCUGCCUUGCAACCCACCUUGUCCUCCCCAUGCUUUCCUUUCCUUCUCAAGAGCCCUCUUUAAAGUUCCAGCCCAGUCUGGACUGCCUCCCCACCAGCCGUCCCAGGUUCUACCCUGUUCUGAGCGACUUUCCUAAUUAUAAUCGUCACAGAACA